AUGGAGGAGCCUCGCUGUGGACUUCCGGAUGACGUUCAUCCUGUGGUGAACUCGAGAAAGAAAAGACAGACAUCGUAUGGUCGAGGCUGGAAACAGAAUGUCAUCACGUGGCGGACAAUAUCAUACUCAAGGAAAAUGCCGAUUUACAAGCAGUGGAAGACAUUUAGAAUCGCGUUUCAGACGUGGGCACGUGUUAUACCAAAACGUUUCAAGUUUUCAUUAGAAAAUCCGGAUAUCCUGAUAAAGUUUGCACGGGGUAUCCAUGGUGACGGUUACUACAACGGAUUUGACGGAAAAGGAAUGACGUUGGCGCAUGCUUUCCGACCCGGGAACCAACCCCUGUCCGGUGAUACUCACUUCGACGAUGACGAAGACUGGAGUCAGGAAGGAAAAGGAAACUCUACUCAUCCCGACCUCCUUGCUGUCGCCACUCACGAGUUCGGACACGCCAUCGGACUUGAACAUUCCGCGGACUACGACAGUAUCAUGUCACCAUUCUUUGCGGCCAGUCGGACGGAACUGACUGAGAGCGAUAUCAGAGCGGCUCAAACUAUCUAUGGUUCAAAGCCACGGAUUCAACCUAAUUCAGUGACGAUAAAAAACACAAACAUCCUCACUGAAAACACAACACCCAAACCAUGGUACCGCAACAUACCUAGAACGACGACUGACUCACCGAGACGGCCGAGGCUCACGAAACUACCGCAUUGCCAGGAUGUAGACGCUACGUUUAUCGGAAGCGACGGUUACGUAAGUGUCAUAGCUAACGAUACCUUAUUCCAAAGCGACAGGAAGUCUGGAUCCCGGAGGUCCUCAGCGUUGAGGUCAAUUUAUCCUCACGCGCCUAUCCCGGUGGGAGCGGCAACUUACUUAAAAGGAAGGCUUUAUUUAUUUAAAGGUAGCCACGUUUGGCGCUACACUAAACACAGAUUGGAUUACGGUUUCCCGAAGAAGAUAUCAACCCACGAGAAAGGCGAAUAUCCUCGAGCCGCGAUAAAGAUGGAAGGAUACAGGAGUCGGCGGAUAUAUCUUUUUGGUAAAACGAAAUUCUGGGAAUGGAGUAUACAUAAUGAUGACGUCAUAGGGCGUAAGCAGUACGACAUCACCCAGUUCUGGAAAGGUGUGCCGAACUCCCCCAACACUGCCAUCACCUGGACUGAUAAGGCCAUUUAUUUCGUAAAGAAUGACAUGCAAGUGUUCUGA